AAUAUAUAUAUAUUCUCAUUUAUAGAAUAUUCUUCCAUCGACAAUUUUAAGUGUUAAAUUUAGCUAUAUUAUACAAAUUACAUUAACAAUAACAUAAGUUGCCUUAAGUACUUGGAGCUUGCGCACCGAGGGGUGUGGACAGAAGCAACCUAAGGCAAAGAAAGCAAAAGUUUCAGUGAAAAAAACUCAUUUAAUUAUACAAUCAGCCAUAUAAUAAUUUCGUAAAAACAGCUUGACGAAUUUCCUGUAGUAAAAUGUUAAUACUUAUACGAGCAGCAUUGAAAACUGUGGCAAAAACAAAUGCAGUGCGUGUUAUAAAGAAAUUCCAUCAUAAAGCGUUCAGUGAUAAAUAUUUGCUGGUAACAAAUGUAACCAUUUCAUUGGGUCUUAGUUCGGCCGGAGAUGUUUUGGAACAACAAUACGAGAAAUAUUGUGGAGAAUUAGAAAAAUGGGAUCGUACACGUACCUCACAUAUGGCGGUAUCCGGCAUGACAGUGGGUAUUAUCUGCCACUAUUGGUAUCAAUUCUUGGAUGCCCGCUUGCCAGGACGUUCAUUGCGUAUGGUGGCUAAGAAAAUUUUGCUAGAUCAAUUUAUUUGCUCACCCGUCUAUAUCUCGGCAUUUUUCAUAACUUUGGGCAUUUUGGAACGCAAGUCAUCACUUGAAGUGUGGGAGGAAAUGAAAGAGAAAGCCUGGAAACUGUAUGCCGCUGAAUGGAUGAUUUGGCCGGUGGCACAAUUUGUUAAUUUCUAUUGGUUACCUUUGAAAUAUCGUAUUUUUUAUGAUAAUAUUAUAAGUUUAGGUUACGAUGUCUAUACCUCUCAAGUUAAGCAUACAAAUUGAAAUCGAAUGUAUAGUUUAUAUAAAAUUAGGCAAUUUUCAUUGUUAAAUUUAAGUUAGUUUGUUCAAAUAUUUUUUUUCUUGAACUGAUGAGGCUUUAUAAGAGAUGGUUGUGUGAGUUUGAUUUUAAUUUAUUUUUAAUACAUAGCAACAAAAUACCUCAAAAAAUUACAAUAGAAUUAAUGAAACUAGCGUAUUUAUAAACAUGAGAAACAGUUAAACUGUUGUAAAAUUUUUGGUAAAUUUAUAAAA